UAGCUCCGUGGCCAUCCGUGGCUAGUGGUGGUGGUGGUGAGUGGUCAUAACCUUUUAGGUUAACUUGUCGUUUUCGUGACAGGCAUUUUCGCUGCGUUUGUCGAUCAUACUUUCUUAAACGCGCGCGGAUAGAGAACCGUGUUACGAGAAUGGAGUGCUUGAUCGGUAUUCAGUGUAAAGAUUUCGUUCUAGUUGCGGCCGAUAUGACAACCGCACAGUCUAUUAUAGUUAUGAAAAGCGAUGAACACAAAAUCCACAAGAUCUCUGACAAGCUUGUCAUGGCGAUAUCUGGAGAAUCGGGUGACACAACACAGUUUUCGGAAUACAUUGGAAAGAAUAUUCAGCUAUACAAGAUGCGAAACGGCUAUGAAUUGUCUCCCGAAGCUGCAGCUUGCUUCACAAGGAGAAAUUUAGCCGAUUAUCUAAGAAGUAGGACUCCCUACUUUGUCAACAUGCUAUUGGCUGGGUAUAACGAUGAUUCAGGACCAGAAUUAUACUUUAUCGAUUACUUGGCAUCUUGUGUAAAGGUUCCUUACGCAACUCACGGAUACGGCGGGAUGUUCUCCAUGUCUGUUUUAGACAGAUAUCACAAAUAUGAUUCUACCGAAGAAGAGGCAUAUGCGUUAUUGAAGAAAUGUGUUCGAGAAAUUCAGAAACGAUUAAUCGUCAAUUUGCCAAAUUUCAAAGUUCAAAAGGUAUCCAAGGAUGGAAUCAAAGAUAUGCAGCCAAUCACAGCUGAGAACUUGGCUGUGGAAAGUGCUGCUAAAGCAUAAAAGAAACGUUUACUUAAUACUUUCCAUUGUAGAGAAAAAGAUGCAAUUGUAAUUUCAGGAUAAAUUAAAUCGAUGCUUUUCACUAUGAAAACAAA